AUGAACCUGGGUUUGGUCUCUUUGAAUGGAUAUCGUAUAAAGAAGUUGAAGUCAUUCAUAUUACGUUGCCGGGCUUGUUUCAAAACCACGCCGAUCAUGACGAAGGAGUUCUGUCCAGCAUGUGGAAAUAAAAUGUUACAUAAGGUUGCGGUGUCUGUGGACGAAAAUGGAGAGCAGGUAUUACACAUAAAUUGGCAAAGACUCGAAAAUAAACGCGGCUUGAAACAUUCUCUUCCAGCUCCUAAAGGAGGAAAACAUGCGAUAGUGGAAAAAUUGUUUGAAGACCAACCAAUGCCACAGAAUCGCAUGGCAAAGGUGCGUGCGGAUCCGCUUGACGAUAGUCCAUUUUCAGUGCACGACGUCACUUCCAGGUCAGCGAUGCUCGGCGUACGGAAUAUGAACAACAAGCAUCGACAAAGAAGAAACCCGAAUGAGGCGCGAGCUGGCGGUCGGCGGAAGACUUCGGUGAUCAAGGUCUACACUGGUGAAUUUCUAAUGUCUUCCGCGUACUAUUGCCAUCAGUGCCGCAACCAAGUACCUCUUAGAAACACCGAUAUGAUAUGUGGUGUCUGUGGUGGAGAGUUUCUUGAACAGAUAACACCACCUCCUCGUGUAAUUCCUCACGCACCUUUUCCACACCAUCGGCAGCCUCCAGGAAGAGGGUCGCAUUUCCAUCACCAUCAUCACCCCCCAGCUCAACAGUCACAUGUACAGCAAGGGUCCAGUCAAAAUGGACCGGAGAACUUCUUCCAGUCUCUUAUGGGAAUGUUCAAUUCACUACCUAGUCAACCACCUGCCUCAACACAAAGUAGAGGAAGUAGUGGUAGUAAUACUCCAUCGAAUGGUCGUGCUCAAGGACCGCAAGCCAUAACUUUCUCCCUUGACCAAGCCAUGCAAAUGCAUCCUAUUCUUGGACAAGUUUUAUCCAGUUUGGGAGACCCACAUAUGCAAGUCCGCAUUCAUAUUGGAGACGAUAGGGACGGAACAAUGCAUGGCCCGUUUGGUGACUACGUAUGGGGCGAAAACGGCAUGGAUCGCAUUGUGACGCAGCUUUUGAAUCAAAUGGAUGGCAGUGUGAGACCAGUUGGACUGACGGAUCAGCAAAUUAACAAAUUACCUAUAAUAAAGGUUUCGGAACGACAUGUUGAAAAAGCUACGCAGUGCACUACUUGCUUCGAAGACUUCAAACUUGGAGAACUGGUCGUGGAGCUGCUAUGUCAUCACAUAUUCCAUACACAGUGUGUGGUUCCUUGGCUUCAGCAACGCCCAUCCUGUCCGAUUUGUAGACAAGAAGUAGUUGCCUCUAUGUUCCCUGAGCCCGCUCCGGGAGCUCCAACAGUCUCGAGUUUGGAAGCCAAGCAUGACUUGAUUGAACCUGAGUUGGACUGA